GUUCCAUCACCUAUUAUUUUAGUCAUCCAGUGAGAAGUGAUGGUAUAAAAAAUAUUGAAAAAUGUUAAACAUAUAAAUAAAUAAAAAAUUUCUUGAAAUUUGUGCAUUCCAUACAUAUAAAAUGUAAAAAAUUAAUUUUUUAAGCAUUAAUUGUAUUUUUUUCUUUUUAAGCAUUACAACACAAUAAAUAAGCAUAAUUCAUAGUUAGAGCUUAUUUCAAAACAAAGGAAGAUGACGGUGACAACAACAACAACAUUGAAUCUCCCUAUCAUAGACCUCUCCUCACCUGAUCCUAUUUCCACAGCCAAUUCAAUCCGUCAGGCAUGUGUUGAGUAUGGUUUCUUUUACCUUGUGAACCAUGGUGUUGAUGAGGAUUUUAUGAAACAAGCAUUUGAGGAGAGUGCAAAGUUCUUCUCACUUCCAAUCGAACACAAAAUUAAGUUGAAUCGCAAGGAGUACAGAGGUUAUACUCCUCUCUAUGCUGAGAAACUUGACCCUUCUUCACUCUCCAAAGGUGAUCCAAAAGAGAGCUUUUACAUUGGCCCUUUAACAGAUACCACAAGUGUGCAUCUGAAUCAAUGGCCUUCUGAGGAAUUACUCCCAAAUUGGAGACCCACAAUGGAAUCCUUAUUUUGGAAAAUACUGUCAGCUGGCAAAGAGUUGUUGUCUCUAAUCGCCCUAUCUUUGAAUCUCGAUGAAAAUUACUUUGAAAAGAUCAGUGCCUUAAAUAAACCAGAAGCUUUUCUCCGCCUUCUGCGCUAUCCAGGUGAAUUGGGAUCUAGUGAAGAGAUUUGUGGUGCCUCUCCUCAUUCAGAUUAUGGCAUGAUCACACUCCUAAUGACCAAUGGUGUGCCAGGAUUGCAGAUAUGCAAGGAGAAGUUGAAGCAACCUCAGGUAUGGGAGGAUGUGUCUCAUGUAGAAGGGGCCAUAAUUGUGAACAUUGGGGACAUGAUGGAGAGAUGGACUAAUUGUGUAUACCAGUCAACACUUCAUAGGGUGAUGCCAACAGGAAAAGAACGCUAUUCGGUGGCAUUCUUCAUGGAUCCACCCUCAGACUGUGUAGUGGAGUGCUUUGAGAGUUGCUGCAGUGAAUCAUCUCCACCCAGAUUCCCUCCAAUACGUAGUGGGGACUACUUGAAUGAGAGGUUCAAGCUCACAUAUGAUUCUGAGAAAAAUCUUAAAUGCUCUAUCUAAGUCAAACAACUAAAGGUGCACGUUCACACAAUCCGUUUCACACAGAAAACAAUCCCAACAAUCUCAGCUAUCACACAGAAAAACAAAGUUCAUGGUUACAGCAGGAAAUUCAACUCCAUUUAUAUCGCACGCGUAUAUAUGCUUUUUUUAGAGUUUAAUUAUCAUGCGCUGUCGGUGUAAAGAUUCUUUAAGCAUACAUUCAAUAAUGUGUUGCCAGAUAUUUAAUGAAUGUGACACAUCAUGUGUUUUUAAAUAUCAUACAUGAUGUGUCAGUAUAGUAUUGAAUGCAUGUGUAAAAUAAUUUUACACUGACGGUGUAUAUAAAUUAAUUUUUUUUUGUAUUCCUCCCAAUAAUGAAUCAUAUAUUCAUAUAUGAUCAAAAGUUAUAAAUAUGUUUGGUAUUAUUAUUGAAUUUUGUGAAUAACUUUGUUUUUAACUCUUAGUGGAGCUUAAAAAUAAAGACUGAUGGUUUGCAUGAGCCUCAAAAUUUAUAUUGCAUGUAAUAUACAGAAAUUUAAAUUUGAAUUCUUUUUUUUUGUCAAGAAAUUUAAAUUCUUAUACA